AUGCCACUCUGGGAACGUGCUCGCUGCUCACCGAGUGGGACCGGAGCGCUGCCAGACACUGCAGGCGGCCGGGGGCCACAGCCCUGGGCCCCUCCAGACCGCCCGCCCUCUCCGGCCACUCUCUCUCUGGCCUCCUUCUGCGCGUUUCUGCCCAACGCAGUUUUUAAAAGGGUCCCAGUCCAUGGCUCACAGGUGCCCUGA